GCGACAGGAGGGAGCGCGCGAGCUGUGCCGAUCGGAGCUGGGAGGUGCUGGGGAAAGGCAGGCAGAGCCCGGCCGGCUGCCUGCGGCUCCGCGCCGUUCUUGCUGCGUCCCCGGCUCCAGGUACCCCCGCCUCUGCCCAGGCUCCAGCAAAAGUUUUAUUCUCUGAGGCACCCUCCUGGCGUGUCUGAAGGACUCGGAGCGAUUGGCCCGCUGUGCGCUCCCCUGCGGCGGUGACCAAGGGGACGUGCAUCCCUCGCCCGCGGGGCUCUGGUGCCUCGCGCUUCCUCACCUGCAGAUCGCUCCCGGGAGCGGCGAGGGGCCCCAGCCGAGGGGCCGCGCGGGCGCCGGCGCCCAGAAACUCUCCAGCCCACCGCCGCAGACCCGCCCGGUUCAACUUAAACUUGAUUUCUCUCGUCCAGCCCCGGCACCCGCGACUGCUCUGCCACCGCUGGCGUCUCGGCCGCCGCAACCGCCGCCUCACAAAGGGGCGUAGGGAGGGGUAGCAGGCGGCGGGCACCGGCGCCGGUACGCAAGGCGCUAGCCUUCGGGCCGCCGAGGCCGGGAGACAAAAAGGAAACUGCCUCUGUUCGCCGGACCGGCUCGGAGCUGCCCGAUCGUUCGCCUCCCUCCCGGCUCCGUGAGCCUCCUCCCCCCCGCCUACCCUCGGCUGCUGCUCCGCCUCCCUCCCCGCGGGCUGUCCCCGCAGUGCUCCGGGACCCAGCCAGCCUUCGGGGCGCGCGUCGCUGCUGGUGGUUGGGGCUCUAGCGAUAAUAAAUGAUAGAGGAUACAAUGACUUUGCUAUCUCUCCUGGGUCGCAUCAUGCGCUACUUCUUGCUGAGACCCGAGACGCUCUUCCUGCUGUGCAUCAGCCUGGCGCUGUGGAGUUACUUCUUCCACACGGACGAGGUGAAGACCAUCGUCAAAUCCAGCCGGGACGCCGUGAAGAUGGUGAAGGGCAAGGUGGCCGAGAUCAUGCAGAACGAUCGACUAGGGGGGCUCGACGUGCUGGAGGCUGAGUUCUCCAAGACCUGGGAGUUCAAGAGCCACAAUGUGGCGGUGUAUUCCAUCCAGGGUCGGAGAGACCACAUGGAGGACCGUUUCGAAGUUCUUACGGACCUAGCCAACAAGACGCACCCCUCUAUCUUCGGGAUCUUCGACGGGCACGGGGGCGAGACAGCAGCUGAAUAUGUAAAAUCUCGACUCCCAGAGGCCCUUAAGCAGCAUCUUCAAGACUACGAGAAAGACAAAGAAAAUAGUGUAUUGUCUUACCAGACCAUCCUUGAACAGCAGAUUCUAUCAAUUGACCGAGAAAUGCUAGAAAAAUUGACUGUAUCCUAUGAUGAAGCAGGGACAACGUGUUUGAUUGCUCUGCUAUCAGAUAAAGACCUCACUGUGGCCAACGUGGGUGACUCGCGUGGGGUCCUAUGUGACAAGGAUGGGAAUGCCAUUCCUUUGUCUCAUGAUCACAAACCCUACCAGCUGAAGGAGAGGAAGAGGAUAAAGAGAGCCGGUGGUUUUAUCAGUUUCAAUGGCUCCUGGAGGGUCCAGGGGAUCCUGGCCAUGUCUCGAUCGCUGGGGGAUUAUCCACUGAAAAACCUCAAUGUGGUCAUCCCAGACCCAGAUAUCCUGACCUUUGACCUGGACAAGCUCCAGCCCGAGUUCAUGAUCUUGGCAUCAGAUGGCCUCUGGGAUGCUUUCAGCAAUGAGGAAGCUGUUCGAUUCAUCAAGGACCGCUUGGAUGAACCUCACUUUGGGGCCAAGAGCAUCGUUUUACAGUCCUUUUACAGAGGCUGCCCUGACAAUAUAACAGUCAUGGUGGUGAAGUUCAGGAAUAGCAGUAAAACAGAAGAGCAGUGAACCCUUCGGGGUCUCAGCUGCCUUAGACUAAAGGACUUUCAACACACUGGUCUCUUUUAAUGUAGUGAAAGGUGUGGGAGUUACAAUUAGGAUCAUCCAUCCCAGACAUGGGGUUCCCCGUCCCCAACUGUCUUAAGUCUAUGUGCCGUAUGAACAGAGGGUGCUCUUGGCCAAUGUAGUUGAGAUGCUGGAAAAUAGUUUCUUCGUGUUUUCCCAACGCUUUCAUCCAAUGUCCAAAAUAUAUAUAGCUGUAGAUUCACAUGUGUGACGUGAAAGGCGUAUGUGCCAUAUAUUCUCCUUUUACAGUUGCUUUUUAGAUCCAUUACAGGGCCCUCCGAUCAUCAGACUUUGUGUCCUCUCACUGGAGCAAUGAGCAGAACAGGACUCCCAGGAGAUGCUGUGGGUAACCCAUGAGUCAGAGCCACUGUGGCCAUGCCCCUUGCUGAGAGGCAGAGCUGUCCCUAGGGUGCUUUGUCCUCCUGAGCCCAGUUUUUCUGCUCUGCAGCAGCCCAGAAACAGAUUUGAAAAUGGUUUAUUAUUCCACAGCCGUUCUUGAAGGCUGAGGGAAGUAGGGAGGAGGAGAACUGCCUGCACCCCUAAAGUCACCUUCCUCUGCCUUCAUUAGUUAAAUAGACUUUGUAUACCACCCAACCAGUCUUUGUGUGUUUAUCCUAAUCGUGCAUGGCUUUAACCUUUUGCUUACACCUUACCUAAUGGAAUAGGCAGCUGUUAAACUUUACCACCAGACACCGUGAUUUUUUUACCGUACUAAGUGGAAAAGAGCAAAUUGCAAUACCGUAAUCCUUCUACCUUUAAGGAUAGACGGGGAAAUCACAGCCAAAUAAGUCACAGCAUCCCCUGGGAAUUUUGCUGCUUUGCAUUGGGAGAGAAAGCUACUGAGGUUGCCAUCCUGACUUGAGCACCAGCUGCCCAGUUUUAUGCAUUUCUUUCUCUCCUAGUAGCUUUUGAAUGUCUCUCAAGGGUUGUUCUGAGAAGCAGCUGCAUAGAACUGCAUGUGUGCCCCCUGAAGCCAAGUUCAGAGUCCCCAGCCUCCUAUUGGAAUUCGGUAGUAAAUUACUGGGAUGUGCUUCUGCUAGAUGGUGGAAAGGCAGCAGACUUUAUUGUUUGUUGCAAACCAUUGAGUUAUUUUGGGGCCAGACCUGCUACUUUUCAUUUCUUAUCACCAAUGUCACGUUUCCAAUCUCAGUAUUUUAGUAUGGAAAAUGCUGGGCUCAAACAGCCAAACAAGAUUUUCAUGGCAUCCCCACCCAGUCUGUGUCUGAAAAACCAGGGCAUCCACCUGGUUUUGUCCUUCCAGAGUGGGCAUUUCUCUUUAUGGCUUCUCCGAGGCCCCAUUCGCUGACCACCUCCUCCUCUGCCUUCUUCAAAUGUGGAAGGUCCUAGGAGAGAACUCGGGAGGAUGCAAAGAUCCCCUUGUGGCUGCCGAGGACUGUGAUCUGUCUGGAUCCCUCUGAGCUCUUAACUUUUAUUUAACUGAAAGAAUAAUGGUUUCCCAAGCGAUGUACUUUUGUAAACUAACAUUGGAAUUUAUGAUAUUAGAACUUUGGUUUUGUUUUCUUUAAGUGUAGCAUGUUCCAGUACAAAAUACCUGCCACCUGUUAGAUUGGAGUUUCUGCCUCUUGAGAGGCACAAUGUUUGGUUGUGUGUAUUUGAGGUGGGGGUGGGGAGGGAGUUGUGGGAAACCUGCUGGUUAUGAUUAUUGAUGGGAUGGUCGGGCCAGGUGGCCUGAGUUUGUUUGGGGAUUUGGGACAUUCUGAUUAUGAAGUUACUGGAGCCCACCCUCUAACUGGAGUCCAAGAUUAAGCAGUGUCAGCAUGUUACAGUACAUAGUUAAUUUUCCUUUUUCUAUUUUUAACUUAACCCAGAAUUCAUAAAUAACAAUGGAAAGACCUUUUUAAGUUCUGUCAUCAUUGUUAUUGUGUAAAAUGAAAAUGGUACUGUUUUGGUGAAGACGAAGAAGAAAAACUACUAAAUUAGUAAAUCAGUGUUUCUCUGCCCUGACAAGUGUCUUAGUAGAUGGUGCUGAGUGCAGGAGUGUGUGGCUUUCCCUCUGACAGGUUCACAAGGCAUCUUCUAAACUUUUCUUUGUAGAAAUGAACCCAUUCCUGACUUUAACCAAGUAGUGUGUGUAUUUCUUACUGCCUCUUUUUCUCCCAUUUUGGCUUGUAGAUUUUUGAAACAGGCAAAAAAUAGCCGCAAUUUGAUGAGUAGUUAUGUCUCAAGUCAGGCUACUUUGUUCCCUUCCCCAUUCUCCUGGAGCUUGAUCGCUCUCUCUCUCUUUCUCUCUCAGCUGCCUCCAGCCUCUGGGGGUGUGCAGACCUCACCUGGGGUGCCCUGUGGCUCUCCAGCCAGCUGCCCCAUUUUCUAGGGACAGGAAGGUUGAGUCUAGUUAGGGAAAUUGACUUGAGAAGUUUGCAUGUGAAGCUUCCUGAAAUAGCACUGCCAAAGCUUUGGAAACGUCACCCCAGCUUCCUAGCCUGAGUUAGCAUUGCCAAUAGCCCCCAUGGUGCCAAAUUUUGGAAUGGUUUUAUAGUCUUUAAGAAAUGAAGCUGGGAACCAAUGAUCAUGUGCUUAUGACCCCCCAGCAAGAUGCCAAGCCCAGGUCUUCAUUAAUGCACUGCUUUCCUGCUGCUCUAGUGGCAAUUUGUACUCUUAAAAUGGGUCAGAAUUUGAUGCGUUGCAGGGGAGGGUGGUGGGGCGGGGAUAAGGCAGGGAAACUUUUUUUUUUUAACUCACUGUAUUUGCAGGUCUCUAGUGAAAGGAAUAAAUAAUACUUACAUGGAAAACUCCGAAACUAGUUCCCAAGACCGGCAUUUAUUUCAUGUGUCCAACUUGCCCAAAGCACUUGACUCUGAGGUCACCAUUCUAAUAUGGCAUAACUGUACAUGUUACUGGUACCCAAGGCUACAUUCUCUUCCUUGCCUUGGACUGAAGGCAUUGGCCUCUAGCAUCUUGUCUAUGGGGUAAGAGUAUUACAGAGUGUUUUACAGAGUGAAGGAGCAUAUGAGAGGGAAAGUGUUAGUCACUCAGUUGGGUCCCACUCUUUGCGACCCCACGGACUGGAGCCUACCAGGCUCCUCUAUCCAUGGGAUUCUCCAGGCAAGAAUACUGGAGUGGGUUGCCAUUCCCUUCUCCAGAGAUCUUCCUGACUGACCCAGAGAUCAAACCUGGGUUUCCUGCAUUGCAGGUGGAUUCUUUACUGUCUGAGUACCAGGGAGCCCAUGCAAUUUGGAUAUUUAAAAUGGGCCUUAUUGCAUACAACUGUUGUGAUUUCAACCCAUGAACAUUUUGUGCAGACAGGAUUAUGUGAGUGAUGGCGUCGUCAACCCUAUCUGAAGUGGUUCUAGGAAGUUGAUUACACAAUUGAAUUGAAUCACUGGGAUGUUCAUCCAUACAUGAGGGAUUCACAAAGGCAGUGAUCACUUCUUCCUUUGCCAAGUAUACUUUGAUUUUCCUGAUUUUCCCCCCGCCCCGAGUUGUUGCUAGAUCUAACUCUCUUGCAACUGGGAACACAGAAAGUUUAGAAAGAGCAACAGUUCAUUGUACAUUUGGAAGUACAGUAAUCCAUACUCUGGAUAAGGUUUUAUUUUCCAGUGAUCUCAGAAAAUUGUUUCCUUCUUUCGAUCCAGUAUGAGACUGAUUUUGAUGUUCCCCUGUAUUGCCUUAGCUCAUCACACCAGCAUUCCUGACCUAGCUCUGCAGAAAUGAUAUUACCAUUAGAUACCAUACUAGGGCCUUUUUAAUUGCCCCUGGAUUAACUCAUUCACAUCUAGACUUUGAAGCUAAUUAGUUCAGGACUGCAGGAAUGUUCCCCCAGCGUGUUCCACAGGAGCUUGUGUUCCUCAUACAGGGUUCCAGGGUCAACAGAGUUUUGGGAAAGAUACUAUCUUAGAAAGUUAGUACAUAUCAGCACAUUGAAGGUUCUAAUUUAGAUAUCCUUUGAGGAAAAAUUUAAAAAAAAACAACAACACAUAUGUAGUUCUAGUGUUUUUCAGGUUCAUCUGACUAUGGAAACUUUUUUUUUGAGUAACACCUAGUAACACUCCAAGAAGCUUGUGUUCCAUAGGAACCACUUUGGGAAAUUCUGCUCUAUGGAAAUAUUACUGUUUUCCCAUUCACUGUGACUCUUAGUAGUUGCAGUAUAUAGUUUGCAAUUUAGAAGCACUCAUCCUUUCAUGGAAGAGGCUGAUUUGUUCAUGAAAGCAGUAUUAAGAAAUAGUAUGAUUUACUUUGACCUUCAGCAGCCUCACAUCGAUAAGUAGAAGCUCAGCGAUCUUGCUUGAAACUCUAAAACAUGGGCUCCCUUCUUUUUGUAUGAAUAAUAAGCAAAAACCUGGCUACAGCUAGGGAUUUUAAAAAUUCGUUUCAAGAGCUUCUAGUUGCUUUUUUGAAGUUAUCUUUGCUUUUCAGAUAGAAUCAAAAUAAAUACUUAUUUUUAUCACUAUGUGAGAGUAAGAAAAUCUAUUUAAAAUAAUAGAAAAGGGAGAAUAGCAAAUUUGGUAUUAAUUCAUUUUUUAAACUCUAACUAAACUUUUAAAAAUUAUGUAUCCAUUGUAUAAUAAUGGAAAUGUAAACUAUUUACAUUUAUUACUCUCUUUUCUUAUUCAUUCUAAAAUCCCUAUCCCAUGUUGCCCCAUGUUUCACAUUUUAUAUAUAUCAUUAAGUUUGCCAAGUUAUUUCUUGCCUAACAUGUAAGGCUUGACUAUAGCUCCAUAAUUGUCACUCCCAGCCUGGGUAACAUGUUCAGGAAGCUCUGAGAGAGAAUCCACACCACAGGGGAGAUAAAUCUACUUGAAAACAUGGGACAAAGUGAAUUUACAGUAAAGUCAUUAUCUUAAAAUUACAUCCAAUAUUUAGGAAUACACUCUCUCUGGUUGUUAUCCAAAGCAGAAUAAAACUGAAAGUAAGACCACUUAGACUAGGUGGCAGAUUGCACAGAGCAAGUGAUUGUGAGGUUUCCAUUAUAUACCUGAUUCUAAACUUGUUUUCUAGUGUGUAAGUUUAUUUGCUGAUUCUCAAUAAUGUUGAUGCUUUGUCCAUUAUUUUUUAUUUUUACCACUGUUAAGCCACAAACUGUUUAACCAAGGGUUGAUUAUGAUCAUGUUCAUGUGGUUAGUAAUAACCACACCUUGAUUUGUACAAUCACUUCAAUAAAUCCAAGUUAAGGACUUUGAAGAGA